AUGGUUCCUCUUCCUUUCCAGCCCUCCAGCCUGGUCCGAAUCUUCAUCAGCUCAGUUUUUUCAGACAUGGCUACAGAAAGAGAGACCCUCCUGGAGAAAGCAUACCCAGAAGCGCAAGCCUUCUGCCAGAAGCACGGCCUAAUGUUUGAGGUAAUUGACUUGAGAUGGGGUAUUUCUGAGCUUGUCGACCCUGAUCACACAAUCACACAACUCUCUCUAGAAGAAAUUGAAGCCUGUCAGAAACUGUCGGCUGGUCCCACCUUCAUCGGACUCCUGGGGGACCACUGCGGGCACCAGCCUGUGCCUCGGCUCAUUGCGGAGAAGGAAUUUGAGGCCCUAACUCUGCAGCUGUCAGAGGACGCUGCCCAGCUCCUGGCACAGUGGUACUGGCGGGACGAGAACGCGCUGCCCACCUGCUAUGUGCUGCAGCCGGCGGCCGGGCAGGGCUGGCAUUGCCUGGAGGGACGCCUGGCCGCAGCGCUGCGCGUGGCAGCGCGGAAGGCAGAGAGGUGUGGGCUGCUCAGCCCAGAGCGGAGGCGCUGCUACCACAAAUCAGCGAUUGAAUGGGAGAUUGAACAGGGUCUCCUGCCUAGCCAGCAGAGCAACCCGGGGACUUUCAUAUUCCUCAGAAAUGUUGAGGAUUCCAACAGACAAAUUGGGCACGGGACAACCAGUGAGCUGUUAGAAAAAGAGGACAAUCUGGACAAUGAAGCAAAACAGCUGUUCAGCAACCUUAAAGCAAAAAUUGCAAGCUGUUAUCCCCAAUACCUCAAAGUACACACACUGGCAUACAGUAAAGACUCUGGGAACCCUCAGUGCAAGGAGAACAACAAAUACCUGAAACAACUUUGUGAGCAGUUCACUGCUGUCACUAAUCACCAGGUUUUAGAGAAUCUUCGAUACCGAGGACAGAUCAGUGAGGAGCCAGGGCAGAACAAUGAUAAAACCCACAAAACCCUCAUCCUUUAUGGGCCACCAGGCUGUGGAAAAACAGCUGUGAUGUGCAAACUAUCUGAGCAGGUGCAAGCUGUUUUAGGGCAAGACAGUGUAGUUGUGAUUCGUUUGCUGGGAACAUCCCAGCCCAGUUCUGCCAUUCACAGCCUGCUGAGGGAUAUUUGUCUCCAAGUGUGUUUAGCAUUUGAUUUGCCACCACCCCCAACCCAGACCAAACAAGCCUGCAGUGAUUUGACACACUGCCCUCCAAAGGUCCACAUCAUCAUUUCCAUUUCCACAGCAGAGCCCGAUACCCUGAAAGCUCUCCAAUACGCUGUGCCUGAGGCUGAAGCGUACUUUGAAGUAGGCCCCUUAUCCAGCGAGGAAGGUGAGGAGAUGCUAGAGAUGCUCUUAGCCUCAGACAGACGACGGCUAAGCCCAACUCAAUGGGCCUAUUUCCAUCAGAGCUUCCCUAGUGGUGGACAAGCCCUGCUCUUCAAGCUGACCUUCCACGAGGCCAGAAAAUGGGCAUCUUACACGUCACCUUCAGAACUAGUGAUUGCUCGCACAGCCCAGGACGCCAUGCACCGCCUGUGCGAGAGACUGGAAAAGUCACACGGCACAGUCCUCGUGGCUCAUGUGCUUGGCUAUAUUGCUUCCUCACGAAAUGGGCUGUCAGACAUGGAGCUGAAGGACAUUUUAUCCCUUGAUGAUGAAGUUCUCUCAGAGAUUCACCACUGCCACCUUCCUUCAAGUAAAACUAUCCUCCGCCUUCCUCCUCUCCACUGGGCACGGCUGCGCAGGGACAUGGGAGAGUGCCUGGCAGAAAGGAAGGCAGACGGCUUCACCCUUCUUUGCUUUGCACACAGGCAAUUCGUUGAAAUGGUGCAGAAUCGUUAUCUACCAAAACAAGACCAAAUCAAGAGGCAUUUUCUCCUGGCAGAUUUCUUCAAAGGGACUUGGAGCUGGGGAAUGAAGAAACCUCUUACGUUACCACACCUUAGCGGGACUUUGAAUGCCGACAGGAAGGUAGCCCCUCAGCCACUCUGGUUCUCUGAUACUGUUGCAAAUCUGAGGAAGUUGAGUGAAUUGCCAUUUCAUUUACUUAAUGCUGGACGAAUUGAGGAGCUAAAACGGGAUGUGCUGGGGAAUAUGAACUGGAUCAGCUGUAAAAUAAUUGCCUCUGGAAUAAAGAGUGUUGUUGACGACUUUGCCAUGUGCACUGAAUGCAUCCGUUGUCCAGAACUACGCCUCAUGCAGGAAACACUUCUCCUUUUGAAGCCUGCAGUCAGCAGCGUACACAGCCCUGAAGGUAACAGCCAUGUCAGAGGGACAGAGCUGAGUAUAAUAUACACAGAAUUGCUGGCCAGGCUUCUUUUUUAUGUGCCUUCUUACCCGGAGGUAAUCGGGAAGCUGUGCCAGCAGUGCCUAAGCUGGUGCAGUGUCUGUCCCUAUCCUGUUCUCAUCCCUCUCUGCGGAUUUCUUCAGCCACCUGGUGGGCCCCUACGCACAACGCUCACCGGAUUCCUCAAAGGUGUCACAGCGAUGGCACUUAGUUCUGACCUCCGGCUGCUGGUGGCAGGUUCCCAGGAUGGCUCAAUGCUUGUCUGGAAUACGGAAGUUUUUGAGAUGCUGCACGCCCUUCUUGGGCACUCUGCUGAGGUGAGGUGUGUGAAAGUGUUUGGAAAAGGAACCCGUGCUGUUUCAGCUGCCAUGGAUCACAGUCUGCGCAUAUGGAAUUUGAUUUCUGGCAGACCAAGGUUUAUUAUCCAAGACACGCGUAUGGAAGAACAGCCCUCACAUCACCUUCAUGUGGAUGAGGGACACAUGAUUGUAUAUUCUUCCUCAGACACAAAGGUCAAUGCUUGGCACCUGGAGACAGCAGAACUCAUCUUCCAGAUUUCUGGAGAGGCGUCAGAUGCAUGGACAUGUUCCACAGUAUUCAGCCCAGGGCUGGCGAUUAUGACUGUGUCUGAAGGAGGAACGCUGAGUCUGUGGAACAGCAACACUGGCGAGCUGAGAUCCAAAUGUCAGCUGUCAGGGCUACAGGAAGAAACACCAACAUCCAGCGUUCUGAUCCAGAAGCAAGGGAAGAUGAUAGUGGGAUUUAGUGGGGGAUCUCUAUCCACGAUCUCUUCUGAUGGAAACCGUCUGCUAGACAAGCUUCCUGGAAGGGUUUGCUUCGUGGUGGCAUCAGAUGAUGAGUCCAUUCUUGCUGCAGGCUUUAAAGAAUAUGUGCGAGUGUACCUGGCAGACCCAAAGGGAUUCCACAGGUUCCUAGCAGCAGAUUUGGAACACGACGGAGCAGUUCGAACGGCUGUUAUCUCUGCUGGCAAUAGCGUUAUUGUUACUGGUUCUCAGGCUGCAUCUAUCCAGGUGUGGAGUUUAUCAGACCAGGGGAUGUUGACUGACACACUGGAGGGCAUGGGAGCACCAGUAACGCUCUUAGCCCUGUGCGACUGCACUUUGGUGUCUGCCUCCCACAGCACACCGUAUCUAGGAGUGUGGAACCUCAGUUACAACCAUCAGCAGAAAACCUUGGCACCAAUCCCAAACUCAGGCUGUGCUGCACUGUCCCAUGGGGGGAACUAUGUCUAUUUUACCCAACCUGAAGACAGAGAUAAAGUCAUCAUCUGGAAUGCCACAGAAGGUGAAGUGCGUGACACACUGGACACCUCUGCCCGAGUGAGAUGCCUGGAAAUAGCUGAGCGAAACCAGCUCCUUUUCACAGGGCUUAUAUCUGGAACAGUCCUUGUCUUUCCUCUGAACUCCACGCAGGAUGUAGCAUGCAUCCCACCUCCAGAGUCACAGAAACCAGUCAACGACAUCGCAGUCAACAAGCAGGAAAAGCAGCUCGCCAUAGCAUACGAUGAUUUAGUCCUUGUGCUGGAUAUUAUCCCUGCAGAUCCAUGCCCAGUGAUCGACAGGCCCACCUACACCUUUAAAACUCAAAUCCCCGGCUCUCUGAUUUCCAGAGUGGCUGUCCUGGCAGAUUACAGAGUCCUCUAUGGCAUGACUAGCGGGGACUUAUUCCUUUAUGACUGCCCUCGGGCCCAAGUGUUUCCUUUGGAAGGUCAUGGAAGCCAGAUCUCCUGUUUGGAAAGCAGCCACGGAGAGCAGCGGGCACUCAGCGGAUCCGAAGAUUCCCUGCAGUGUCUCUGGGACUUGGAGUUCUGUCAGUAUAAGCCCACAUCUCUCCUGAAAGGCGUUUGCUGCGCUUGCUUCUCAAAAGAUGACAAGUACCUGUACACUGGAUCGCUGGAUCAGUCCAUUACCGUCUGGGAUGUUGCAAGCGGUGCCUUGCUGGCUGUACAGUGUGUGUACACAGCCGCUCACAGAAUUGUACCAACUGCAGAUGGAUUUGUGGCAAUAACAAAAGCUGGUCGUAUAAUUCGUGAGCAGUUUCACUGCCCUAAGACCACCCUUCCUCGGUAUAACCCACUCCAAAACACCGUGGCAACGUGUACAGUAAAAUCCAGAAAGACGGACAGGGAAAACUCCAGCAAGCAACCGUACAACCAAAGAAAUUCUGGGAGCCGAAUUCAGACCAGCAAGGUCUCUCAAACCUGUUCAGUGGUGUAA